CCAGUAAAACACUCUCCUCUUUUCCAGCUGCUGCGACGAAGUCGAAAGCUUCAUUGCAGAAGAACUGUAAAACCUCGAAUCUCAGGAGAGAGAAAGACAGAAAGAAGAGAGAGAGAGAGAAAAUGCCAUUCAUCAGCCAAAUUGAAAGGCAAACAGAUUACAAAUCGUUUCCUUCAAGCUGCCCAAUCGUCAUCGACAAUGGCGGCUCCUAUUUCCGCAUUGGAUGGGCUGGUGAGUGUGACCCCAGGGUGAUUUUCCGCAACAUUGUUCAGAGGCCUCGCCACAAAUCUACAGGAGAAACUGUCUCUGUCGUUGGUGAUCAUGAUACUGGAUUGCUGAAAUAUUUUGACUGUACUCGGUCAGGACCACGAUCAGCUUUUGAUAACAAUGUCGUCUAUCAGUUUGAAAUUAUGGAAUAUAUUCUUGACUUUGGAUUUGAUCGACUGGGUGUUGAUGGACAUGGGGUCGAUCAUCCUGUAUUGAUCACAGAAUGCCCAUGCAAUCCAGUUUCAUCACGCUGUAGAAUGGCAGAGCUUCUUUUUGAGUCAUAUGGAGUUCCUUCUGUGGCGUUUGGUGUUGAUGCUGCUUUUAGCUACACGUAUAAUCAGCGACUUGGUAUUUGUGAUAAGGAGGGCCUUGCUGUUUGCAGCGGAUUCAAUACCAGCCAUGUCAUACCAUUUGUUGAAGGAGAGCCGGUUUUUGAAGCGUGCUGCCGAAGUAAUGUUGGUGGUUACCAUGUUACUGAUUACAUGAAGCAGCUUCUUUCUCUAAAAUAUCCUCAGCACAUGGCUUUUCUUACAUGGGAGAAAGUUGAAGACCUGAAGAUGGAACACUGUUACAUUGCUCAGGACUACAGUUCAGAGGUUAAAUUGUUUCAGAACAAAACUAAAGAAGCCGAAGAAAAGACUAGGUGUUGGCAACUUCCAUUUACCCCCGCACCAGUUGAGGAGCAACCUUCUGCUGAGGAGAUUGCAAGAAAGGCUGCUUACAAGGAGAAACAAGGUCAACGAUUGCGGGAAAUGGCUGAGUCAAAGAGGGCAUCACGAAUUAACGAAUUGGAAAAUGAGUUGCGUGGUUUGGAUUUUCUUCUGAGGCAGGUGGAGAAAGUAGAUGAUGAUAGCGUUCCUGAAUUUCUUUCAGAUACUGGCUAUUUGUCUAAACAGGAAAUAGAAUCUUCUAUUUCUAAAGUAAACCAAUCUUUGCGAAGAACUAAGCGUGAACAAGUUGAACUGGAGGAGAAGGCAGAGGCAGCAACAGCUGAAAAGUUUCCACUAGUUGAUGUUCCUGAUAACAUGCUGACUCCAGAGCAGCUCAAGGAGAAAAAGAAGCAGAUCUUUCUCAAGACUACAGCUGAGGGCCGUCAGCGAGCUAGACAAAAACGUGCUGAAGAGGAACUACAAAGGGAGAAGCAUAAUCAACUAGAGGAAGAAAAGCGUUUGGAAAACCCAGAGGCUUAUUUAGAGCAGUUGCGAACCAAAUACAAAGGGCUUUUAGAAAAAGUAGAACAGAAGAAACUGUUAAAGUCAAAUGGAAACAAUUCAAAUGGAAAUCCUACAUCUGGUGGUGUCGGCCGUGGUGAGAGAAUGAAUGCUGCUAAGAAAGAGAGAAUGCGUCUUUUAACAACAGCUGCUUUUGAUCGGGGGAAAGGGGAAGACACUUUUGGUGCAAGAGAUGAAGAUUGGCAACUCUACAAACUGAUGAGUAAAGAUAAUGACGAUGAUGAUGAAGGUCCAGAUGAAGAUGAGGCAGAGUUGAUACGUAUCUCUUCUAGACUCCAGGAUAUUGACCCAACUUUCACUGCAAAACCAGAAUCUGGAUUACGCCAAACUGCUGAUGUUCCUCGCUCUCGUACUCUUACCCAGGAGGAUUUCCAGAUUUCAAUGGCGGUUGAAAGGUUCCGAUGCCCAGAAAUUUUGUUCAACCCAAAUAUAGUUGGGAUUGACCAGUCUGGAUUAGAUGAAAUGGUUGGGGUUUCUCUGAGGAGGUUUUCACCUCAGGGCAAAGGUUUGGAGGAGAAGUUAACUAGCUCUAUCCUUUUGACUGGAGGAAGUAGUCAAUUCUCGGGGUUGAGUGACCGUUUGGAAGCUGGAGUUCGCAUGAUUCGGCCAUGUGGGACCCCUAUCAGGGUGAUUAGGGCAAGUGAUCCUAUUUAUGAUGCAUGGCGAGGGGCUUCUUCAUAUGCUGCUUCUUUGCAUUUCCCGCAGCAAACUUUCACUAAAAUGGAUUACGAAGAAAAAGGGGAAGAUUGGCUUCGGACUUACAAGUUCAGGUAUUCGCUAUGACCACUUGUGCACCAGAUGAAAUGGUUUUCAAUAACAGUUAAAACAUUGGUUAAUAGUUGUAUAAAGGAAUUUUACGUUUCUUGUUUACCAACUAAUCCAUUGGAAAUAUCAUAUUAGCUAGAAAUCAAGAUGUAACUUGGCAAACUUUUGUUGUGUCAAGAUUUAGUUUUGUUAAUAGUAUUACAAAUGCCCUACAUAUGGGGAGUACUCGUA